GGGACCCGGGCAGCGGCCUCUGCAGCCUAUCGUCCAUCUGCACUUCAGCGCCAGGAAGGGAGCUCCUGGGGCCCCGGCCGGCCACGCUCCUCCGGGAUGCAAGUCCCUGCGCGGACGCCCGGCACGGGCGAGUACCCGCGCGGCUGCUCCCGGUGCACUGGGAUGCUGCCGUUGCGGGGGCCCCGGCGCCCGGCUGUGGCCAGCCCCGCGGGCCCCUGAAGCCGAUGUCUGGAUCGAGCCACCACUGGGCUCCCGGAGCUGUCCGAGACACCCUUCCUAACUACGGAACCUCCUGCGGUCCUCCCUGGUCUGGACCCAUGGAGCCGGCGGUGCUGGCUCCACACAACCUUCCACACCACGAGCCAAUCAGCUUCGGCAUCGAUCAGAUCCUGAGCGGCCCCGAACCCCUAGGGGUCGGCCUAGGCCCGGGUCGUGCGGGCCAGAGCCAUGGAGAGAGUGCGGCGUUCCCGGGUGGAUUUCAUGGAACCUCGGGCUAUGGUCCUGCAGGUUCACUGGCCCCGUUGUCCAGCGGCUCAGGAGUGGGUCCGGGUGGCGUGAUCCGCGUUCCUGCGCACCGCCCGCUGCCGGUGCCACCGCCCGCGGGUGGCGCCCCUGCCGUGCCUGGGCCCUCGGGUUUGGGCGGCGCCGGGGGCCUGGCGGGACUCACCUUCCCCUGGAUGGACAGCGGCCGCCGCUUUGCCAAGGACAGGCUCACGGCCGCGCUGUCGCCUUUCUCUGGGACGCGCCGGAUAGGCCACCCCUACCAAAACCGGACCCCUCCGAAGCGGAAGAAGCCGCGCACGUCCUUUUCCCGCUCGCAGGUGCUGGAGCUGGAGCGGCGCUUCCUGAGGCAGAAGUACCUGGCCUCUGCCGAGAGGGCGGCUCUGGCCAAGGCCUUGCGCAUGACCGACGCACAGGUCAAGACCUGGUUCCAGAAUCGACGCACCAAGUGGCGGCGCCAGACUGCAGAGGAGCGCGAGGCGGAGCGGCACCGCGCGGGCCGGCUGCUCCUGCACCUGCAGCAGGACGCACUACCGCGGCCUCUUCGGCCGCCGCUGCCCCCGGAUCCCCUCUGCUUGCACAACUCGUCACUCUUCGCGCUACAGAACCUGCAGCCCUGGGCCGAGGACAACAAAGUGGCUUCCGUGUCCGGGCUCGCCUCGGUGGUGUGAGCUACGCCUGCCUGCACAAUCG